AUGCACUUCUACAAGCCCACGAAGCCCGAGAUACUAGAUGAUUAUUUCAACCUGGUUUUGAAUCUGUACGCUACAGCAUUAGACGUCAAGAAGGCUUCCUGCAUACGAGCGCUACUAUAUCACCCGGAUAAGAAGGCGCCAGGCAAGACGAUAGACGCUGUCGAGUUUAGACGGGUACGCGAAGCGUUCGACGUACUUACAGAUUGCACGACACGAUGUGAAUACAAUACACGUUACGAGGAAGUGCGAGAGGAAUGGAAAGAGUACCAUAGAGAUCUUGCCGAGUAUGCGCGCCAAGAAGAGCAAGAACGUCUCGAGGCGGAGAAGGAACGAGCGUGCAUACUGGAGGAAAAGCAACGACUUGCAGAAGAGAAACAACGCGGAGCAGAGGAAGAAGCCUGCGCCAAAACGGGGCGUGCUGCCCGACUAGAGAAGGAAAGAGUCGCGGAAGAGCAGUCACGUCGAGCAGCAGAACGAGCCCAUAAAGAACGAGACAAGGCAGCUGAAGAGCACCUCCGCCAAUGGAAAGAAGAACAAGAAGUCAAAGAGAAGCAGCGUCGCGAACAGCGCCAAAAAGAGGCUGAAGCACGGGAAGCGCGAGUCAGAGAGCAGUAUCGCGCUGAACAAGAGAGAAAAGCCCAGGAAUACCUCGCUGCAUUAAAAGCGCAAGAAGAACUAGCAGCGCAGAAAGCGCGGCAAAAGGAGGAGAUUAUGGUCCAAGACUACUUACAACAGUUCUUCAGCGGUACCGCAGAUGCAGAAGCUCUGCGCCUACAACGCCGUGUCCGCUUAGCCCAUAUGUAG